GUUGUUUUUACGCUAUGUUCAUAGCACCAAUACUUCACGAGUAAUUAGCGUGCCGGUACCAGAGGGUAGGUCGAAUUUGUGGUAGGUGAAAAACACGAUUGUGACAUGCUAGCAAGGUCAAAGAAGCAUUCAAGGGUGUUAUAUAUCGCUCAUAAGGUGUAUGGUAGGGUCACAUAAGCCCAUGGUAGCAUAAAACAACGAUAGCAGGUGGUCACGUUGCGGAAUGGUGUAAUGACCAUCGAUUGAUGCAUGCAUUGAAUUGACUUUUAUUCGGAGGUUAGUGGUGCUAUGACGGCCUGUGGUUGCAUACCCCAGGAUGUGUGCGACGAAUGCAGAUGACGUUGUUCACUAUGUAAUAGUGCGUGCAAGAAGUGUAAGUGUGCUUGCAACCGUAUGAAUGGCGCUAGGAAACAUGGUCGUCAGAAGGGAUUCACCAAGGUAGUAGGCGAGGUGCAGCGUACUUCAUCAGGACGCACAUCAGCUAAGAAAGCACGUUUAGAUAUUGCGGAGAGUAUACGUGCGCUUGAUACUCCAUCACGUGCUAUGAGUGCGCCAAGUGAGACAUACACACACUCUGAAAGUCAAAACUUUGUCACAAUCAGCACGAAUAGUAACAAACGUCUAAAUACAAUAGUAGAUAUCUCACGGACAUUUGGAUGGAGUCGUAACAGUAGAAAGGCCUUGCCUAGUACAGAAUUACGCACUAACAACACUGAAAUCCAAAGAACACAUCCAAAUGACUGGAGUUGCGUGUCUCAAAUUGUGCUCAAGGCUGCUACCCGUGUAGCAAACAUAGUAUAUCCAGCCGAUGCAGAUGCUUUGUUGCGUGACAUUAAGAAGCACGCCCAAGGAUGGGCGAGAUGUCGACCUCGUGGCGAACAAUAUGGCCAAUCGUACAUGAAGAAGUACGUAGAUAACAUCAAGGAGAUGUUCUACAAAGGUGAGGCUGAUUCAUUGCUUAAGGUGCAGCCUGGUUCAAUGCUUUCACAACUAAAAUUAAUGUAUCCUGGCCGAUACUCUCUACUUAACGAAAUGGAUAUACGGACGCUGAUAUCUACGUUAACAAGCGCGAAGAAAGCAGCGGAUGCUAAGCGGAAGACAGAGAUAGCGUAA